GCAGAGGAGCGGCCGUGCGCCUCUUCGGGCCGUGACCCCCGGGCUCUGGCGGGGGGUGGGACCGGGGGUCAGGUUUGCGCAAAAUGUGCCGGGGCUGCCGGGAGAGGAGCGGGCGGCCGCGCUGAGCCAGAGCCAUGAGCCAUCAGACCCUGCUGCUCCUGGCCGUGCUGACCUGGGGCCUGGCUACCUCCCAACACCGAGACACGGUGCUUGUAAGAUGGUGGACAAGGAGGUCUUGUGUCAGGGCCUGGGCCUGCUCCAGGUCCCCUCGAUGCUUCCGCGGGACAUGGAGGCCCUCGACCUGUCUGGAAACCAGCUUCGGAGCAUCCUGGCCUUGCCCCUGGGCUUCUACGUGGCGCUUCGUCACCUGGACCUGAGCUCCAACGAGAUCAGCUUCCUCCAGCCAGGUGUGUUCCAGGACCUGGCCCACCUGGAGCAUCUCAACCUUGCCCACAACCGCCUGGCGCUGAGCACCGGUGGUCUAGGCCCCCUGCCACACGUGACGUCCCUGGACCUGUCUGGGAACAGCCUGUACAGCGGUCUGGUGGAGCGGCUGCUGGGGGAGGCGCCCGCCCUGCGCACCCUCACGCUGGCAGAGAACAGCCUGACGCGCCUCUCCCGCCAGACCUUCUGGGGCACACCGGCACUUGAGCGGCUGGACCUACACAGCAACGUGCUGAUGGACAUCGAGGACGGUGCUUUCGAGGCCCUGCCCCACCUGGCCCACCUCAACCUUUCCAGGAACUCCCUCACCUGCAUCUCUGACUUUAGCCUCCAGCAGCUGCGGGUGCUGGACCUCAGCUGCAACAGCAUUGAGACCUUUCAGACGGCCCCAGAGCCUCGGGCCAUGUACCAGCUCACCUGGCUGGAUCUGCGGGAGAACAAAUUGCUCCACUUCCCUGACCUGGCCACAUUCCCGAGACUCAUCUACUUGAAUGCGUCCAACAACCUCAUCCAGCUUCCUGCGGGGCCGCCCCAGGGCGGGGAGGCCAUCCACUCACCUUCAGAGGGCUGGUCGGCCUCGCCCCUCUCGAACCCCAGCCACAACACCAGCACACACCCCCUCUCCCAGCUCUUGAAUCUGGAUUUGAGCUACAAUGAAAUUGACCUCCUCCCCGAAGGCUUUCUUGAGCACCUGACCUCCCUGCGCUUCCUGAACCUCAGCCGGAACUGCUUGCAGGCGUUUGAGGCUCGGCAGGCAGGUUCCCUGCCCUGCCUUGUGCUCUUAGACAUCAGCUACAAUGCACUGGAAACACUGGAGCUGGGUGCCAGAGCCCUGGGGUCUCUGCGGACACUGCUUCUACAGGGCAACACCCUGCAGGACCUGCCCCCAUACACCUUUGCUGGCCUAGCCAGCCUGCAUAGGCUCAACCUGCAGGGGAACCAGGUCAUCCCCUGUGGGGGGCCAGGGGAGCCUGGACCCUCAGGCUGUGUGGCCUUCUCUGGCAUCUCCUCCCUACGCAUCCUGAACUUGGUGGACAAUGAGAUGGAGACACUCAGGGCAGGUGCCUUCCUCCACACGCCACUGACCGAGCUGGACCUCUCUGCCAACCCUGGGCUGGAGGUGGCCACAGGGGCCUUGGCAGGCCUGGAGACCUCCUUAGAGGUCCUGGCCCUGCAGGGCAAUAGGCUGGAGGUCCUGCAGGUGGACCUGCCCUGCUUCAGCUGUCUUAAGCAGCUCAAUCUUGCUGAGAAUCGCCUGAGCCGCCUGCCAGCCUGGACACAGGCCGUGUCCCUGGAGGUUCUGGACUUAAGGAACAACAGCUUCAGCCUCCUGCCGGGCAGUGCCAUGGGCGGCCUGGAGACCAGCCUCCGGCGCCUCUACCUGCAGGGGAAUCCGCUCAGCUGCUGCGGCAAUGGCUGGCUGGCGGCCCAGCUGCACCAGGGCCGUGUGGACGUGGAUGCCACCCGGGACCUGAUCUGCCGCUUCCGCUCCCAGGAGGAGGUGUCCCUGAGCCACGUGCGUCCUGAGGACUGUGAGAAGGGGGAACUCAAGAACGUCAACCUCAUCAUCAUACUCACCUUCGCACUGGUCUCUGCCAUAGUCCUCACCACACUGGCCACCUGUUGCUGUGUCCGCCGGCAGAAGUUCAACCAACAGUAUAAAGCCUAGAGAGGCUGGGGCUGCAGAACAUCCCAGCCGGGAGCUAGAGGCACAGGGAAGGGUGGGGACUGGCCCAACGUCACACAGUGAGCCAGGGUCCCAGAACCCUGGUCUCUAAUCUCAGCCCAGCGCUCCUUUUCCUACAUCUUGCUGCAUCGUAAGGCAACCCACUUCCCAGGCUGCACAUGUGGUCCAGCUGUGGAACCCAGAAGUUGAGCAAUUUCAGGAGUGACAGAAAAUGAGGUUGGCCCAGGGGAUCAACAAAUCUUCACCAGACAUCUGUUUUGUGCCACACCCUGCUCUGGGCAUUGGGGACACCGAUCAAGGAGACACAUCCCUGCCCUCAAGCUUCUCCCAGUCUGGGUGGGGAGGGGGUCGCAGAGCCGAGCAAUGACCACACAGAGUGUGGAGUCCAGGGCUCCAAAGCUCAGCAGUGCCAGUUGAGUGCAGAGAGUCCUGCCCCGGCCAGACCAGACAGGGCCAGGGAGGGUCAAGACCAAGAGGAUUUGUCUGAGACAUUCGCAAGCAGACUAUUUGUCACAUAUUCUGAUAAUGACUUUCAGCUUCUCUGGAACAUGAAGAGCUUGUGACCGGAAGAGAACUGGAGCCGCAUGAAUACCUCUUGGAUCUAGCACUGUUGGGUGGGCUGCAGCAGCUGCAGCAGGUCCAGCACGUCCUAGUUAAGAGGCUGUCACCCUGGGCUCCGGCCAACCCUGGACCAUUCCUUUUCCUGCACUGGACAGGCUCUUCCCCUACCUGGCACCCUUGUGUUGCACACACUGGCCCAAAUACUACCCUAGCCCCCACGCCCUGCCCAGGCCCCUUGCUCCAUCCCAGUCCCACGCUGACUGGAGAGGCAGGAGUUAGAGCCUCAGGGCUCUGGAUCUGUUUUACCAGGCUUAGCAGCUGUAACAAACCCACGCCUGCAUCUGCCUCUUUAUGACAACCCUCUGAGGUUGCUGUUUUAUCCUGUUUUAUGAAAGAGGCUCCAAGUCUCCCUCCAUUUCUUAGCCUCAGCUAAGAAAUGCCACCACUGAGAUUCAGAUUCAUCCUCCUGAUUUCAGGGCCUGAGCUUUGCCACUAUAUGGGCUGCAGGCUGUCGGG